UGCCAGUGUCGCUGAAAUAAAAUCUGUGAACAUCUAUCAUUAAAGACAGAAACAUAAUUUUCACCUGAUUUUUCAAAAUUUUCAGUAAGGUAUCAUGAAUCACAGCUAAAUUUAAAAAAAAAUCAUGCCCGUCAAUCAAGAAAUUAUCCAAGUACAUAUCGGCCAAGCAGGAGUUCAAAUUGCAAAUGCCUGCUGGGAACUGUAUUGUCUCGAGCAUGGAAUUCAGCCAGACGGGACGGUGUAUCCCUGUUUUCAUAACCAAAAGCAGGAUGAAACAUUCAACGCGUUUUUCGAUAUUUCAGCAGUCGGCAAAGCUGUUCCUAGGGUAGUUAUGGUAGAUUUGGAGCCUACUGUUAUAGAUGAAAUAAGAACUGGUUGUUAUAGACAGCUUUUUCAUUGCGAAGGUUUGAUAACAGGAAAAGAAGAUGCUGCGAAUAACUUUGCGAGGGGGAUGUACAGCAUUGGUUCUGAAAUGAUCGAUAUCACAAUGGACCGUAUUCGUAAAGUAGCCGAAAACUGCUCUUCAGUACAAGGUUUUCUUUUAUACAGAGCCUUUGGUGGCGGCACGGGAUCUGGUUUCACGGCUCUCGUACUUGAACACUUAUGCAGGGACUAUGGAAAUUUAUCAAAAAUGACUUUUUCCAUAUACCCUUCCCCAAGAAUAUCCCCGAUAAUCGUAGAACCAUAUAAUACAACAUUAACAAUGCACAACAGCAUUGAAUAUGAAGAUGUGUGUUUUAUAUUCGACAAUGAAGCGAUAUACGAUAUUCUUGCCAGAAAUUUAGACGUAUCAAGACCCACUUAUACAAACAUAAAUCGAAUAUUAGGACAGGUAACAUCGGCUAUAACGGCUUCUUUGAGAUUCACAGGAGCGGUUAAUAUUGACCUACGAGAGUUCCAGACCAACUUGAUACCCUAUCCUAGAAUCCACUUUCCACUCGUCACUUACGCCCCAUUUAUCUCUGCCGAAAAAGCUUAUCAUGAAGUGCUUUCAACAGCCCAACUAACGAAUUCUUGCUUCGAACCAGCAAAUCAGAUGAUUAAGUGCGAUCCCAGAAAGGGAAAAUACAUGUCCUGUUGCCUGUUUUACAGAGGAGACGUCUCUCCUAUUGAUAUAAAUAAUGCUAUCACGAACAUUAAGAGUAAAAGGAGCAUAUUGUUCGUGGAUUGGAGCCCAACUGGGUUCAAGGUUGGACUGAACUACCAGCCUCCAACAGUGGUGCCAGGUGGUGAUUUGGCUAGGGUUCAAAGAGGGGUAACGAUGUUGUCCAACAGUACGGCUAUCAAAGAAGCAUGGCUUCGGAUCCUGCAAAAGUUCAAUCUCAUGUAUGCAAAACGAGCAUUCGUUCAUCAUUUUGUUGGAGAGGGAAUGGAAGAAGGGGAAUUUACAGAAGCAAAAGAAGAUUUGAAUUGUCUUAUAUUGGAUUAUCAGGAAGUGGAAAAGGAUUCAUAGAAAAUUGUUUCAUACAGAUGGACGAAUUUGAUUUCUUAGCGAAGUGGUAUACGAAGUUUAGAUAAAGAGCAUACUCAUUGAACUCAACCAGCUAAAGGAUUGGCAUGCAACUUCUCAAGUUCAUCAAGAGUAUCCAGACCAUCUAUAACUCUGAAAAUGAAUGGAAGUUUAUUGAUGAAUAACUCAAACAUAGAUUUGUAAAACUUACUUUCCAAAAAUGGUGUAUUUUAGAUCCAGAUGAGGGUGGGCACCAUAAGUAAUAAAGAAUUGACUUCCAUUAUUA